AGGAUCCUUCACACAUGAGAAGAGGAGCAGCGCAGACAGCCCAGCAGAUCUAGCAGGCAGCCAUACCUACUCGAGGAGCAGACAGUCAGAUAAAUAUGCAUUCACAGCUGCUUGAUGCUGGUUCGAUUCCUCAUGUUCCCUAACUCUGCCACUUACAUGGUCUUUAUUAACCUUCCAGCCAAAAAUAAAAUGACUUUUGCGAAUACUACAAAAUGCCAUACAUGUGGAACAAAAGAUUUUUUGGCUGUCAACACAAUAAGACAGCCAUUUCCUCUGAAUGGCACUUCCACCAGGCCGAGCACAACGGCAAGCUGCUGCUGCUGCUGGGAGCCCCGACCAGUCCCCUUCUGAGCCCCCCUCCCCUUCUCACACCCAUUCCCCCUCUCCUUCCCAGUCCCCUUCUCAGGCCCUCUCCCCUUCUGUCACCCAUUCCCCCUCUCCUUCCCAGUCCCCUUCUCAGCCCCCCUCCCCUUCUGUCACCCAAUCCCCCUCUCCUUCCCAGUCCCCUUCUCAGCCCCCCUCCCCUUCUGUCACCCAUUCCCCCUCUCCUUCCCAGUCCCCUUCUCAGCCCCCCUCCCCUUCUGUCACCCAAUCCCCCUCUCCUUCCCAGUCCCCUUCUCAGCCCCCCUCCCCUUCUGUCACCCAUUCCCCCUCUCCUUCCCAGUCCCCUUCUCAGCCCCCCUCCCCUUCUGUCACCCAAUCCCCCUCUCCUUCCCAGUCCCCUUCUCAGCCCCCCUCCCCUUCUGUCACCCAUUCCCCCUCUCCUUCCCAGUCCCCUUCUCAGCCCCCCUCCACCUCUCUUUACCAAUACCCUCUCUGUCCCCCUCCACCUCUGUAGGACAAAGCACCACUCCGCCCACCUCACCCUCUCUUUCCCAUUCCCCCUCUCUGGCCCCCUCCCCCUCUGUGACCCAACCCAUCUCUCCGCCACCCUCCCCCUCAAUCUGACCCACCCUCUGUACCAAGCUCCCCCUUCCAGCCUCCUUCCCCCAUCCAGCCUCCUUCCCCCAUCCAGCCUCCUACCCCCAUCCAGCCUCCUACCCCCAUCCAGCCUCCUUCUCCCAUCCAGCCUCCUUCCCCCAUCCAGCCGUCAUCCCCACCUUCGGAAUGGGCAGCAGAAGCCCGGAGGCACUUCUGGGAGGUGAUCAAGUGGCACAGGACAAUGUUGCAGUUGGAGAUCCCACAACUUUUGCGGGCAUUCUGGCCACCAUGCGGCAAAAUCUGGAAGCCUUGCUGGCUAAUGUGGACCAGCUGCAAAAAUGUGCUUAAUUUUUAUUUAGAAACAUUUUAUAUUUUCAGUUUAAAAAUAAAUAAAUAAAUAUGACAAACAAUAAAAACUAUAUAUUUCAAGUUAA